AUGGAUUUGAUGCUCUCCAACACGGCCAGUGGUUUAGUAGAAGACAUAAAGGCUACGCUGCACAUGAGAAACCGGGCCCUGAUUAACACUAGAGACAGACGUGGCUAUCGUGGAUCCUCUGGGGAGCCUCAACAACAUGAUACUGACGAGGCAGAAAGGUCUCUCUCCAGAUCAGAACACCUUAAGAAAAACCACCUGAGACCCACUGGGAAGAAAUCUCCCUGCUGCUCUGACUGUGGGAAACGUUGCAGGUCUACAUCAGAACUUAAAAUACACCAGCGAGUACACACAGGAGAGAAACCUUAUAGCUGUGAUCAAUGUGGGAAGAGUUUUACUCGGUCAAGCUCCCUGAUAGUGCACCAGAGAACACACACAGGAGAGAAACCUUACGACUGCUCUGACUGCGUAAAGACUUUUGUUAAUUUAAUAGAUUUAAAAUCACACCAGAGAACACACACAGGAGAGAAAUCACCAUAUAGUUGUACUCAAUGUGGGAAGAGUUUUACUCGGUCAAGCGCCCUGAUAGUGCACCAGAGAACACACACAGGAGAGAAAUCUUAUAGCUGUACUCGGUCAAGCUACCUUAUAGUACAUCUGAGAAGACACACAGGAGAGAAACCUUACGACUGCUCUGACUGCGGAAAGACUUUUGUUAGUUUAAGAGAUUUAAAAUCACACCAGAGAACACACACAGGAGAGAAAUCACCAUAUAGUUGUACUCAAUGUGGGAAGAGUUUUACUCGGUCAACCUCCCUGAUAGUGCACCAGAGAACACACACAGGAGAGAAACCUUAUAGCUGUACUCAAUGUGGGAAGAGUUUUACUCAGUUAAGAAAUUUAAAAUCACACCAGAGAACACACACAGGAGAGAAAUCACCAUAUAGUUGUACUCAAUGUGGGAAGAGUUUUACUCGGUCAAGCUCCCUGAUAGUGCACCAGAGAACACACACAGGAGAGAAACCUUAUAGCUGUACUCAAUGUGGGAAGAGUUUUGUUGCAUCUUGCGAUCUGACGAAACACCAGAGAACACACACAGGAGAGAAAUCUUAUAGCUGUACUCAAUGUGGGAAGAGUUUUACUCAGUCAAGCGCGCUGAUAGUACAUCUGAGAACACACACAGGAGAGAAACCUUACGACUGCUCUGACUGUGGAAAGACUUUUGUUAGGUUAAGAGAUUUAAAAUCACACCAGAGAACACACACAACACAGGAGAUAAACUUUAUAGCAGGAGAUAAAUGAUAUAGCUGUACUCAAUGUGGGAAGAGUUUUAUGCAGUCAAGUGGCCUUAUAGUACAUCUGAGAACUCACACAGGAGAGAAGACAUAUAGCUGUGAUCAUGUGACAAGAGAUACUCUGAUAAAAUAUCUCUGAUCAAACAUCAGAAAAUACAUACAUGAAGGAGUUGUUUCAUGAUAUCACUGAAAUAAUGUCACAGUGUAGAAUAUUUAAACAUUGUAGAGGGCGUAUUUUAAUUAAUAUCACAAUGUAGAACCCUAAACGUUUCCCCCUGUUCAAUUUAUUUCAGCAUGAUAUGGAUAUUAGCCUCUGGGAAAAAUCCAGGCUCUGAAUUGAAAGAGUAUACAUGUGAUUUAACAAAAAGUGAAAGAAAAAAAAAGUUGUGUUACACUUACCUUGUUGGCAACCCACUUGAAUCAAAAUGCAACACUUCAAAAUGUAGCUAGCUGUUUUCUACAAAUUGUCCUUCAACCAGUGAUGUACACAUUAUUCCCAGAUUCCAUGUGGUGUUUGAGCUAUUCGUUUUAACAGGACGUGCAACCUCAUCUCCCCCACUCUUGCGCAAUUGAUUUCAACAUGAUAUCGAUGAAAUAAGUGUUGCGUUCCUUUGUUUAGCGACCCAUAAAUGUAAAUGCAUCCCUCCAAAAUGUAGCUGACUGUCUUCUGCAGGUUGUCCUCUAACCAGUGAGGUAAAAGUUAUCUCCCAUUUCCAUGUGUUUUUUUAGUUGUGUUAGUUUCAACAGCAGGUACAACCUGAUCUCCCCCAUAAUCGAUAUCAGUGACUUAUUGUUGGUGCUUGUGCAGUUUAUAAGGUGCUUGUUUUAAUAUGAUUAUUGUGGCACAUUUGUGUAGAUAGUACAGUUUAGGUUUCGGUUUUCAAUAUAUCACAAACUGUUUUUGCAUAUUGGUUAUUGAUUUGGACAUGUUAAAACUGUGUUUUGACAUUGAGG